CCCCUCCAGCUCGGCACUGGCCGCGGAAAGAUGGGCGCGGAGUGAUCGCUCACGGCUGGCUUCCCUUCGGGACCGCGUCCGCCCCUUCGAGCCUUCCGGGCCAUCCAGCGCGGGCUGCGGCUGCUCCUCGGACGGAGGCAUGGAGUACACGGCGGCCUCCCCGAAGCCGCAGCUCUCCUCGCGGGCCAACGCCUUCUCCAUCGCGGCGCUGAUGUCCCGAGGGGGCCCCAAGGAGAAGGAGCCCGCCCACGACGACACCCUCAAGCCUCUGGAGCAAUUUGUGGAGAAGUCAUCUUGUUCUCAAGCGCUGAAUGAACUGCCUGGUUUGGACACACAUGGAGAUUUCGGCAAUAAUAGUAACCCCUCCUCCCUGUGCACAGAACCCCUCAUCCCCACCACUCCCGUCAUCCCCAGCGAAGAGAUGGCCAAGAUCUCCUGCAGUUUGGAGACCAAGGAGCUUUGGGACAAAUUCCAUGAAUUGGGGACUGAGAUGAUCAUCACAAAAUCAGGAAGAAGAAUGUUUCCAACCAUCAGGGUUUCCUUCUCGGGCGUGGAUCCAGAAGCAAAGUUCAUUGUGCUUAUGGAUAUCGUUCCAGUAGACAACAAGCGAUACAGAUACGCCUACCACAGAUCUUCAUGGCUGGUCGCUGGCAAAGCCGACCCCCCUCUGCCUGCAAGGUUGUACGUGCAUCCGGAUUCUCCAUUUACAGGGGAACAAUUGCUGAAGCAGAUGGUGUCCUUUGAAAAAGUGAAGCUAACAAACAACGAGCUUGAUCAGCAUGGUCAUAUAAUCCUGAAUUCAAUGCACAAAUAUCAGCCGAGGGUGCAUAUCAUCAAGAAGAAAGACCAUACAGCUUCUCUGCUUAACCUGAAAUCUGAAGAAUUCCGGACAUUUAUUUUUCCAGAGACUGUGUUUACUGCUGUCACUGCCUACCAGAACCAACUGAUAACCAAGCUGAAAAUUGAUAGCAACCCUUUUGCUAAAGGAUUCAGGGACUCUUCCAGACUCACUGAUAUAGAGAGAGAAAGUGUUGAGAGCCUUAUUCAAAAGCAUUCCUAUGCACGAUCCCCUAUUAGGACCUAUGGCAGUGAGGAUGACAUUCUGGGAGAUGAGAGCCAAACAUCACAAAGCAGAGGAUCUGCUUUUACCACAUCUGACAACUUGUCUCUCAGUUCCUGGGUCUCAUCAUCAUCCAGCUUCCCCGGAUUUCAGCAUCCGCAGUCUCUGACUGCCCUUGGUUCCAGCACUACAUCUAUAGCCACUCCUAUUCCACACCCAAUGCAAGCGUCCCUGCCUCCAUACAGCCGCCUGGGGAUGCCGCUAGCACCUUCUACCAUUGCCAGCUCAAUGCAGGGAAGUGGCCCAACAUUCCCCUCCUUUCACAUGCCACGGUACCACCAUUACUUUCAGCAGGGGCCUUAUGCGGCAAUCCAGGGACUGCGCCACUCCUCAGCGGUGAUGACACCUUUUGUAUGACUGACCCUUAGGCAAAGGGAGCCCAGACUUGGUACAGAAGCAAUGACAAACCUGUUUGAAAGCCGUAUGGAGGAACAGUAGAGGGAAUCCUAAGACAACCAGCCAGCGUAAAACUCUGGAUUUAGAUUCCUCCUCCGAUGUGAAGCUUAAGUGAAGCUUGGAGUGUCUCAGAGCUUUAAGUGUGAUACUGCCAAAGGAAUUCCAGCUGUUGAAAGGUCUGUAAAUAAAUAUUGAAUGAUUGGAAGGCGCAUCAUAACCACUAGAUAUGAGACUGUGUUUCCACAGCUGUGUAUAAUUGUACCGGGUAUACAUUUCCGCAGAGCUUGGGAAAGAGGUUUAUUUUGGGGGGCUGCAACUCCCAGACUUCCCUCAGCUUCCAUGAUAAUGGGAUUCUGGGAGUUGCACUUCCAAAAACAACUUAUCCAGGUUCUAAAUUUCCUCUCCCUGUGAAAGCAAAAGAGGCAAUAUUGUGUUAAUAACUUCAUUGCUUUCUAUUAAUAAUAGGGAAAAGUGUGUGUUUUGAGCAUGUUUGAGCUACUUCAGUGUUACAUUCUCUAUGAAAGUAAUGGGGAAAUACUAGCCCACUAUUUUCUCUCUUCUUUUUAACCUCUUUAUUUUAAAUUCUAGCCCCAAUUUACCGAGAAUAGUGGGAACGAUGCAUUGACACAUUUCUUGUGGAACAGAAUGGCAGACACAAAAUCAGAACAUACGCUCUAGGGAAACCUUUUCAUCUGUUGUGGAGAAGAUAUUCCCACAUCAUUUUUUUACUAGUCAUAAAGUAAAACAUUCUCUAAUUUUUAUUCUUUACAUUUCCAAUUGAGUAGUGACAUUAACAAUCUCCCCCUGAUGUUUUUGUGUAAAGUGGUAAUUUUAAAACUGUUUUUUAAUGGUUGCAAAGAUCUCUUAAUUUGAAGAUGAAUAAGCUCCAUGUCCCACUCCUCUGCAUUCAACUAUACCAAAAUUAUUUAUGUAUUGACUUAAGAUAAGAAGAUUGAGAGUGGAGUUGAAUAACUUGUGACUGUCCAGCUCUUUCCGGGCUGCAGUUCCUAUAAGAUCUCAUCUACAUUGCCAUAUAAAAUCCAGAUUAUCUGCUUUGAACUGGAUUAUGGCAGUUUAGACUCAUAUAAUCCAGUUCAAAACAGAUAAUCUGGAUAUUAUAUGGCAGUGUAGAUGGGGCCUUAGCCUCGAUAGUAGGGCCAAUGCUGGAAGCUGAUAGGAACUGAAGUUCAGCAACAUGAGAGGAUUAUAAAUUCCCAUCCCCAAUGUAGGAGGAAACAGCUAGCAAUAACCAGCCAAAACUCUACUCAAAGAGAAUGCAAUAAACAUAUCUGAAUAUGGAAAGAUCCCAAAGAACAGAAAAUUGCCCAACAGAGAUGGGUCAGCCUUGUCCACAACUGUUAAUUUAAACCAUAGUAUGGCUAAGAAAGAUGUGAUAGUCCAGUAUCGUUGACUGUGAAAUAAACUCCAGACAGCAUAGCCAAUAUGAAGGAUAACAGGAAUAGGAGUUCAUCAUCUGAAUCAGGGUUACACGUUGCUCACACUUGUCAAACUUCUGGCCAUUUCAACUUUCAGUCCCAGAAAGCGGAGAGAAGUUUUCUUGCUCUUAUGGUUUCAGAAACAAAUCAUGUAAGGAAAAAGCCAAAACAUUCAAAUGAGUGAAGUCACAUUUCAAAAGACCUAAUUCUCAUAUUGAUAACCAUUUAGAUUAUUUAUUUAAUGGAUCAGGCAUAUUUACAUAUUUGAGGAUUUCAUGUCAU